UCCAAAUAAAAAUAAAAAAUAACUUUUCUGAUUUUCUCAUCGCUUGUUGAUAGUGCUUUAUUUUUAUCUCAGGCAUAUUAUUUUUUUUACUAGGUAUAAGAUAAAAUUUCAACAUUUCGCUUUUGCGUGAGCUUCUACGAAGAAUCAUGGAUGACAAUGUAUUAGGGGAUGGUGAUGAUGAACGCAACGCUGCAGGAGAUGGUGAUGAAUCAAUGGCUGAAGAAAAUGAAAAUGAUAAUGAUGAUACCGACGAUGAGGAGGAUUUUGAUAUAUCGCUCGCGGCUUCGCAUUCCUACAUGGGAACAGGGCUUGUAGCAGUCAGUGGCCGUUGUGUACUAGAGCCAGGAUGGACAGGCAGAGUCCCUGUAACUGCGCACCAUGGGAUCGUGUUUCCUGGAGAGAUUGUUCCUAUGAUGCUCACUAACCCGCAGGAUGCUGCUGUUCUAGCUCAGACGUUGGCUAAUGAUAAGCUGUUUGGAUUGCUUUGUCCUGAUGAAAGCGGUACCGUAAUAUCCGGCUAUGGGGUGCUGUGUGAAGUGUUUGAAGCGAGUGGAACAGAUGUGGCUCAGGUCCUCACAUUCAAAGCAAGAGCCAAUCACAGAUUCAGAUUCCUUGAAAUGCCAAAGUAUUCACAGCCCGUACAGAUUUAUAAUAGGAUGCGCAUGGUGGGUGUGCGCGUGCUGCCCGAGGUGCAGCUGGGCGAGCCGCUGCGGCCCGCGCGCCUGCCCAGCCUCGACCGCUGGCGGCGACAGCGCACGCAGCUCGACACUAGGUUGCGCAACAUGGACGCUGCACAGACCCCAUGGCCGCUCUUCGUAUACGAUAUCUUCGAUUACCACCGCAUGAGACAAACUAUCCAGGAAUACUUCAGCCAUAUUGUUAAAACGCCAAUCCCAGAAGACCCAGUGUCACUCUCCUUCUGGACGGCAUCGAACCUGACACUUUCACCAAAGGAAAGACUCGCAUUGUUCAUAGUGGAUGACGCGCUACUGCGACUGCACAUGGAGGUGCGGCUUAUACAAAAGAACAAUGUGUUGUGUUGCACGUCGUGUUCCACCGAAAUAGCAAAGCGGGAACACAUCUUCGCCAUGUCCAGUGAGGGGGUGCACUCAAAUUAUACUAAUUUAGGCGGGUACAUGCACGACAUAGUGACGGUGGUGAGCACGUCGCACACGGAGCUGAGCGGCGCGCCGUCCGCGGAGUACUCCUGGUUCCCGGGCUACACCUGGACCGUGGCGCUGUGUGCCGUCUGCACCACGCACGUGGGCUGGAGGUUUGACGCACUGAAACGCAACCUACGCCCGCAACAGUUCUACGGCGUGUGCCGCAACAACGUGGUCCCGUGUGAAACUCGUCGCCCCGCCCCCGCCCCCGCCCCCGCCCCCCGCACACGCACCACCCUCAUAUACCAACUCCGAGAAGACCCGCUUGAUGAUACUUAACUCGUCACUAUUAUAGAUUAAGAUUAAAAGUCACUGUUAUAGAUUAAGAUUAAAAGGACUUAGCACCCCCCCCCCUCCCCCUGCUCCCCUCCCCCGCGCUCAUAUUUGCGAACUAAACGAAGACCCACUUGACGAUACUUUACUCGUCACUGUUAUAGAUUAAGAUUAAAAGGACUUAGCACUCCCUUCCCCCUACUCCCCUCCCCCGCGCUCAUAUUUACGAAAGAAACGAAGACCCACUUGACGAUACGUAGCUUCGAUUUGCCCUCCUAAUGACCCGCCCGUAUUGACGGGUGGCGUUAGCUACCUAUUGAAGAGGGCAAAUCGCCCUGAACAGACAGACAGCCUCCAAACAGAGGCUGUGCGUGAGAAAACCUCGAUACGUAGCUUACUUAAUCGAUUUAGAACAUAAUGUAGAGCAAAGGACAAAACGCCUCCUCCCCCCACCCACACUUUCUCCCCCGCCCCCUCUGCGAUCAUACACGAACUACGACGACCCACCUGACGAUAUACGUAACUAUUGUCAUUGUUGUAGAUUAUGUAUAGCAAAGGACCCAGAACGGAUCCUUGCAGCACCCACUGUACUAUUUGCCAAAUUCAAUGCUUUUCAGUUCCUGUGUUAUUUGUAAUGACGAAUAGCUCUUUAAUAGUAGUUUUAAGUGUCAUAAAUGUUUUGAUGUUUUAUUAAUUUUUAGGUGUGUCAUUGUAAUUAUUGUAAUGGCCAAAUUUUUUAACUAAAUGUAAAAAAAAAAAUAUUAGCUUUUCCUAUUAGAAAAUGUAACUGAACCUUAUGAAAUUGAGCUGUUAUAACUGUUUUUUUUUUUAAUUCGUAAUAAAAUAAAUUGAUGUCUGUAAUUUUCUGUAUGAACUUAGAUCAUUAAGUAAUGGAUGGAGCACGCUGACAAAUGUUCUAACUAAACUUUCGGCCGAUUUUGGUGCGGGGAGGGUAACUCACACUAUGAAACAAAAUCACACAUUCACAAAAACAAUUUGUGUCUUUACAAAACUCACACUAUUACAAAAUUGACACACUAGCCUGUUUUUGCACACAAACAUGGAUCACACAUAAACAUAACUGUACAUAUACGUAAUAAUACAAUCGCUCUAAAGGGAUGUAAACAAUGAAAAACUGUAUCGAUGUAUCGAUAUUAAAAACAAUAAUUUUGUUGAAAUAAAAAUAAAAUAAUUAUUAUAUUCAUAAAAAUCCUGUACAUGUAUCUUCAUAAUAUAUUAUGCUAGCAAUAUAUGCGAUUUUUCAAGCAUGUUACACAUAACAUGGAAAAAGCCAUUUUAUUUGUAUUUAAAUAUUGUGUAUUUAUUCAUCAUAAUAUCACAUUUCAAUAAAAUAACUAUGUCCAUAUGAACAUUAUCAAAAGUAGUAAUAAAAGUAAAUGACAGUCUGAAAGUAAAGUGAGGAUUGACUGACGGACGAACGGAAAUAACGAAACUAGAGAUUACGAAUACGGAACCAUAGAAUUGGAAAUAACAAACUCUUCUCAUUUCAAAUUAUUAUACUUAGAAAAAUAUUUUUUGAGGUUAUACUUCUUUUGGCGCGAUGGAGAAAAAUGAUGAGAGUGAAUUUUUACGAUGCGCGCGCACACCGACACCUAAAUUUAACAGCAUGAAGUUAGUUCUAGGUGGUAUGAAAAAUGAAAAUUGAUAACUAUGUUCAAGUUGUAUAUUCUAGUAUUUUUUUUCCAUACGCCAAAGAAGUAUAACUUCUAACGCGUGUAACUAUUUCUUUCGAACAAGGUGCAAGAUGCAAGUGCAUUGUUUAGGGCACUUACGAUUCAAUGAUUCGGGGUGAUUCGGGUGUUUCUGGAAAUACAAUAAUUAGCGAAGAUCUGCAUGCGCAUUAUUAAUUUUGAAGAACUGUACUUAUAAGUACUUAUUAUAGUAACUGUACUAUAGUAACUGUACUUAUUAUAAGUACCUAAAUACUUAUAAGUACUUAUAAGUACCUAUUAAACUAAAAUAUAAUGCCGAUAAGUAAUAAUACACUAAUAUAUUUUCAAAAUAUUUUCAGUGACUAUUGCUUUUAAAUAAAUAAGCAUCAACAUUUAACUAAUCAGAUCUUAUAUGACAAU